UGCCUGUUUGUUUUUGCAACGGCACGUUUUACAGCUGGUGUUUGUUUACCAUCAACGAGAUUUUAUGUUGUAUGUUGUAUGUCGUGUAUUUAUUUGUAGCAGUCUAAGCUGAGUACAUUUGCAUAACAGUAAAAUACCAAAGAUGUCUGAUCAGGAGGAAAGUGCGGAUGGGUCGACAAAAGAGUACAAGUUUUAUGCCGACAGGGCCAAAACUGGCAGAGCGGGUUGUAGGAAAUGCAAACAAAAAAUUGAACCACAAACGCUCAGGCUGGCAAAAGUUGGUCCCAGCCCUUUUGGAAGUGGUCUCAUGAAACUGUGGCAUCAUUUAGACUGCAUGUUUGAGGUAUUUUCAAAACAGAGGGCAACCACUGCAAAAAUCGAAUUUGUCGAUGAUAUAGGUGGUUGGGAUGCACUUACUAUUGAAGAUAAAAAAGCAAUCAUGCAAAAAUUGCCAGAAAGUGCAAAAACAAGAAGUGAUGGAGGAGAUCCAUUGGCUGCACCUGCCACUGGUUUGCCAUCAAAAUCCCCUUCUAAGGACAAAAAGAACAAAGCUGCAAAAAAUAAAAGCGAUCCAAAUCACAAGGACAACAGCCUAAGAGAAUUUAGAAGACUAUGUGCGAAUAUUUCUAACGUACCGGGCUAUCUCGACAAAACAGGCAUUGUAAAGGAGUUCAUUACUAAAGGAACAGAUGGAGAAAGUUAUAAAGGUGAUCUUUUAUUACUCAUUAGACUUCUUCUUCCUGGUGUCAUAAAACGAGUAUACAACCUUCAAUCUAAACAGAUUGUAAAGCUCUUUUCCAGGAUUUUUGGAACUGAUUGGAAUGAAAUGCUUGAACAUCUUGAACAGGGCGAUGUUGCUGAAACGAUCAGAGAAUUUUUUGAAAAGAGCGCAAGGGUAAAACCGGUGAAAACGAGUUUUUUGACAAAUUAUGAUGUCGACGAAUUCUUGGAACAGCUUACCAAACUAACAAAAGAACAAGACCAGAUAGACCAUUUUUCUUCGAUAUCCUCAAAGUGUACUUCUAAUGAUUUGAAAAUGAUCGUUCGGCUGGUUAAGCAUGACCUGAGAAUAAAUGCUGGAGCAAAACACAUAUUAGAUGCAGUUGAUGAAAACGCUUAUCAGGCCUUUCAAGCUUCAAGAGACAUUAACUCAAUUAUAAAAACAGUUGAUUUUUCUGAUAAAAAAGAUAAAAAAGGGCAAUCAAUGAAUGUAGAUAUUAAUAUCCUAACUCCUGUACUUCCCAUGCUCGCACAAGCUUGCAAAUCGGCAGAGGAGGCUUUGAAGAAAUGCAGCAACGGAAUAUUCUCAGAGAUCAAAUAUGAUGGGGAAAGAGUUCAGGUUCAUAAAAAGGGGAAUAUAUUCAAGUAUUAUUCUCGCAGUCUCAAACCUAUCCUCCGCCAUAAGAUUGAUACAUUUGAACAAUGUAUAACCCAGGCAUUCCCUACAGCUGUUGAUUUAAUUCUGGACAGUGAAAUUUUAAUGAUUGACACCAAUACCGGAAAGCCACUUCCUUUCGGAUCCCUUGGUGUUCAUAAAAGAAAUGCUUAUAGAGAUGCAAAUGUGUGUCUGUUUGUCUUUGAUUGCAUUUAUUUUAAUGGAAAAUCUCUUUUAAAAGUCCCAUUGUGUGAGAGGAAAAAGAUUCUUCAUGACAAUAUGACAGAAAUACCGUUCAAGAUCCUUUUUUCAGAAGCUGAAAGGAUACAUGAUGUAAAAGCUUUGGAGGUUAUGAUGGCAUCGGUCAUUAAACAAGGUCUUGAAGGAUUAGUUCUGAAAGACAUGGAGAGUAUUUAUGAGCCUGGGAAAAGACAUUGGUUGAAAAUGAAAAAGGAUUAUCUCUCUGAUGGCGCUUUAGCUGAUUCUGCUGACUUGGUUGUUCUUGGAGCUUGGUAUGGAACUGGAAAGAAAGGAGGCAAAAUGUCAGUCUUUUUAAUGGGAUGCUUUGAUGAAAAACGGGAUAUUUGGUGUACCGUUACAAAAGUACAUACAGGACUCGAUGACAAAACUUUGGAUAAGCUACAGAAUGAACUAGAUAUGGUAAAGAUAGGCAAAGAAAGUAGGAAAGUGCCUUCUUGGCUGGAUUGUACAAAAACUAUGAUUCCAGAUUUUGUAGCUAGAGAUCCGAAAAAACAGCCCGUAUGGGAAAUAAGAGGUGCUGAAUUUACCAAACACGAUGUACAUACUGCAGAUGGUAUUUCCAUAAGAUUUCCCAGAAUAGUGCGAAUUAGGGAAGAUAAAAAUUGGGAAACUGCUACAACAUUGGAACACCUUAAUGAUUUGUUCACAAUUUCCAAACAACAUACAGACAUAACAUUUGGUGAACAUAGUCCUGCUCAAAAGAGAUCUGCUGAUAAAACUGAGGAUGAAGGUCAAGCGCCAGCGACAAAAAAAGCAAAAUAUAAAAUUAAAAAUCCAUUACCAGAUGUUUUUGUUGGAAUGAAGAUUUGUUUACCUGCUGGACUACCAGAAAAACGAGCAAAAACUAUUCAAAGAUACUUCAUUGCAUAUGGAGGAAAGGUGGUUGAUUCGAUACCGCAAGCUUCACAUAAAAUAGUGGAUAAAGUGGUCGAUGGCGAUCCACCGGAGUGUAUUACUUUAGAAGAAAUAUUGAAAAGUAUAAGGGAAAAAAGGCUCGUAUCGAGGACAAUAAGUACAAAGAAGAAGCGAGAAGGCUAGAAAAGCAACAAGAAUGCUUUACUCUUUGUUUUGGAAAAGAUAUCAAAGAGAAAAUCUUCUUAAUUAUAGAAUAUAUCUUCACUUAUGCAUAGGAAACUUUGACAAUGUGUGAAACAUAUUUUCGAGAAUCGGAGCUGUAGAGAUGACCUCUUUGAGAAGGGGCGUUAAAACGACGAAGGUGGUAUCGGCACGUAAGACGCAUGACCCCAGUUAGAUGGCAUGGGAGGGUGAGGGAAUGGGUCCCUUCAAGAAAAAGGAUAGCGACCAAUGUGAACAUGCGAGGCAGAAAUUGAAGAAAAAAUGGCAACAAAGGCAGUCAGCAGCGAAGUUUCGAAAGACAGAAAAACAGAUAAAAUGUAAGUUGUUUGUCGAGACAGCGGGGGCCGAGUGGUUCGGGCGUCUGUCUCAUAUUGAAAAGUGAUCAAGAAAUUUCUCCUAACAAAACAAUAUUAAUACUCUCAGUCUCAUUCCUCAUCACCAGUUCCAUUUCACUCACUACCACUUCACCGUACACCAAGUCCAUCGCGUUGUAAAUAAUACUGGCCGGGUUUUGAACAUCCCUCAAGCAUUUUACCAAGUAUGGUACAAUGGCUUGCCGAAAGAUAUUCGUGAAGCAUCGCAACUUGAAAUCUUAAUUAUCCGGCCAUGACUUUUAUGUAGCCCAAAUUUAAUCCAACCUCUCUGGAGUCGAUGCGCGGAGGGUAAAAUUCGAGUUGAACAUCUGUUCUACCGAGAAGUUCGAUAUGAGCCUAUGGAAAGAAAAAUGGACUGAGUUUGUUCAUUUCCUUCAAAACCGCGCGGAGAAGCGUCAUGUUGGGAAGGAAAGGUCUAGGACUUGCCGAUUCACCAAUAAUUUGCCUUGUUUUGCAUUUGUAUGACUACAGCAGUGGAUUAAAGCAGUUUCAAGUUAUUAAUUGCUUCUUCUAUUUUACCAUAGCAGAGCGUUGUUGAAAAUUACCUUUUCUUAACUUUGAAAGCUUAAGAAGCAGUUUGGCACUCACCAAAGUAAUACUUUUCCUGUCAACCCUUUAGAUUUAGAUUUCAAAACAAAAUAUUUUCCAUUUCUUUGGAAAUUCUUUUUUCAAAUCUAAAAUAUCCUACCGCCCUGUCAGCCUCCUUUCCGUUCAUGGACAAUUAUUCGAGAAUCUUCUCUUUAUCAAAUCAUACGU